GGGCUUCCUGCGGCUGAGCGGCGGCCGUGCCGGAGCCUUUGUGUGCGGGAGGGCAGGGGGAGCCCCGCGGCCCCGGAGGAAAAAGAAGAGGAGGAGGAGGAGGAGGAGGAGGCUGCGCAGCGGAUACCGGCGGGGGAGCCCCUUCCUUCGGGAGGGCAGGAGAAAGCCGCCGCUGUGCCGGCCCCGCAAGGUCUGUUUACUGUUUACAAGCCUGAAGAUGGCUGCUGCUUCUUCCUGCAAUGUGGAAGAAGACGAGAGCUUGAAGGGAUGCGAACUCUAUGUUCAGAAGCACAACAUUCAACAGAUUUUAAAAGAAUGCAUUGUAAAUCUUUGCAUAGCAAAACCAGAUCGACCCAUGAAGUUCCUCAGAGAACACUUUGAAAAAUUAGAAAAGGAAGAAUGCAAACAAAUACUGGCUCGGCAGAAAUCCAGUUCCCAGUCUGAUUCUCAUGACGAUGAGAUUUCCCCUCCUCCUCCCAACCCAGUGGUAAAAGCCCGACGUAGGAGAGGAGGGGUCAGUGCGGAAGUCUACACGGAGGAAGAUGCUGUUUCUUAUGUUAGAAAGGUUAUUCCAAAGGAUUAUAAGACUAUGACUGCUCUGGCAAAGGCCAUCUCCAAGAAUGUGCUCUUUGCUCAUCUUGAUGACAAUGAAAGAAGUGACAUAUUUGAUGCCAUGUUUCCCGUUACACACAUCGCAGGAGAAACGGUCAUACAACAGGGUGAUGAAGGAGACAACUUCUACGUGAUUGACCAAGGCGAAGUGGAUGUUUAUGUCAAUGGAGAGUGGGUCACCAGCAUCGGAGAAGGAGGUAGCUUCGGGGAGCUGGCACUGAUCUAUGGUACACCCAGGGCUGCCACGGUCAAGGCCAAGACAGAUCUCAAGCUCUGGGGCAUCGACAGAGACAGCUACAGACGCAUUUUAAUGGGCAGCACACUGAGAAAGCGGAAGAUGUAUGAAGAAUUCCUGAGCAAGGUCUCCAUUUUGGAGUCCCUGGACAAAUGGGAGCGCCUGACAGUGGCUGAUGCACUGGAACCUGUCCAGUUUGAAGAUGGAGAAAAAAUUGUUGUGCAGGGAGAGCCUGGUGACGACUUUUUCAUUAUUACAGAGGGCACAGCUUCCGUUCUUCAGCGCAGGUCUGAUAAUGAGGAGUACAUUGAAGUGGGAAGACUUGGACCAUCAGAUUACUUUGGUGAGAUAGCAUUAUUGCUCAAUCGGCCCCGGGCUGCUACUGUGGUGGCACGUGGACCCCUGAAGUGCGUAAAGCUCGACCGGCCCCGCUUCGAACGAGUGCUCGGUCCUUGCUCUGAGAUCCUCAAGAGAAACAUUCAGAGAUACAACAGUUUCAUUUCACUCACUGUCUAAAUGAUUCCUUUUGGAAAGCUGCCUUUGUGUGACCUUGUGCACUUAAAUUUGCUCUGUGCGGCUCCAUAGCUUUAUAAAGAAAAAAAAAAAGGUGUGCAUUUCAUGUGUAUUUUUUCUGUUAUGUCAUGCACUGGAUGUCAGUUCAAAUAUUAUGUAUCAUUUAAGAAAGAAGACAACUGUUUGGAUAAGACUAGCUUGGGGGUACCGUGCAGGGAAGAUUAGGCUUUUGCCUUGCAGGCAAGAUUUUUACCUGUUGUUGGAUCAUAUAGAUAAAACUGUGUUUUUAACUAUUUAAACUACAUAUGAUUGUCUGUUUCCCUCAUUAUCUUGCACCUACUCUUAAAGUUAGUUUUAUUCACCUUUCGUAAGCUUCUUUGGUAAAGUGAUGUCCCUCUGCCUGUCACUUCUAAAAGCCUUUUCACUGCUUAUGGACUGGAGGUUUCUGAAAUCCACGUGGUCAGUGGCAGUUGCACAAUUUAAGAGGGAAGGUUAGAGAAAGGUUUUGAUCAUUCCAGUAAGCCAAGGAAAAGUAGAACUUUUGAGUCACCUUGUUUGUGGUUUAGAAAUAGGGGCCAUAUUCCUCUGUGUUACAAGUCCUUCCAAUGGGAACUUCUUCACUCAACUAAGUGGGGUUUUCUAACAUAUUUAUCUGCAGCAAAGUGUUCUCAGCCACCUUUCCAAAUAUUAUAUGAAAUACUUCAGAGAUAAUGGCAGCUGUACAUCAGCAGUUUGAUAGGACUCUUUUACGUAAGGUCCACUUAACUAAAAUCAAAAGCCUUUUUUUUAGUAUAUGACCAGGAUUCUCUGAAAGCCACAUACAUGCUCCAAAAUGCUGCCUCUCCUCCAAAAGACACAUAUUGCAGAACAAAAAGCACCAGGAACCUGCAACAAGCCCCAUGUGGGUGCAGCCUUGCUGGCAGCUGUGUCUGUGUAGACAUGGGUCUCCUCUUGAAUGGGGCUUUUUGCAGAGCCAGGCCUUACUCUGCUCUGCAGCCCUCCUUUGAAGGAAAACUUCUCUUUGCUAGCAGAAGCAAAUCUCUGCAUCCCAGCUACUCUAAAUGGCACUGCCCACUUUUCAGUUGCAGAAAAAUUGUAUUUCUUCUUUAUGAUAACAUUGCGCUGAAUAAAUGCGAAUUUUCCAUACCUUUUACACACCAGAAGUUAUAUAAUAAAAUAAGGCAGCAAUCUUCCUUUUGAAACUAGAGGUGUUAAGAACAUGUCUAGAAUUACUCAUACCAAUGUGUAAUUUGUUCUACUUCUUGGCGUUAACAAAAAAUAAUUUGGGAUUUUCCUACUGACUCCCACCAAGAAGGUUCUUGGGACCCAAUAUUCCAGUACCUGCCCACAGUGGUUUUUACAGAGCUAACUGCUCCUCGACUUGUCUAAGUCCUCCCAUCACUUCAAGGUGCUUAAUUUAUUUCAGCAUAUUUUCAGUGGUCCUGUCAUUGUAUAUCAGUUUCCACUAUUUAUUAUGAUAAUGUUAUGCUCCUUGCAUGUAUCAGAUAUGACCAUUCACAUUUUUCAACCUUGCUGUUUUAUGACCUACAUUUAUAUAGGCAGACACCCAUUAUAUAUCUCAAUAAAUGUAUAAGCAUUUGCAAAACUUUUGUUUUGUUUCACUCCUUUUGAAUUCUCUUCUGCUAUUUUUAAGACAUAUUUUUAAAGGUUACCACUCACUCGUUAUGUUACUUAACCUAUUGCAUUUCUGUUGUAUUCAUAAAAAAUGUGUUCUGCAUAAUAUGCAAGAUACAUGUCUUGCUAAACACCAAGUUAUUAGUCUCACUGUCUAGAAGCUACUUGAGCACACGCACACAAAACAGACUCUUUAUUUUAAACCUUUAUAGAUCAUGAAGAAUACAUUUGAAUUAUGGGUCUGUUAUAAGCAAGUUCAAGAGAAGUGUAAUCAUUUAACACCAGGGUCCCUGUGCUUGAAGUGGAACAAACUGAUAUUCUAUGACAUUUGAAAGAUAAUUGUAAUAUUUGCAGUGGAUGAUGGGACAGAAUUGCAGUAUGAAUAAAAUUCUUCUACAUUACA